CGAGCUCUUGUGUCUUUAUGUGACCUGUUGGAAUGAUUGCUUCUUUGGUCCUUUACUCCAGUGGGAGUUCACACUGCUGCUUUACAGGCAAGAAGACCAGAUACUCAGCAAGUUGAUGUGGUGGAAUAAUCCUAUAGGCGGGGUUUGAUGAUACUCCUUCUGCCUGGCAGAACCAUCUCUCAGAGACAGAGUUGGGUGGGAACAAAGAAGCCAAUCGAACUUCAAGACAAGAUUACGAUUUUGUGAGAAGACGGAGAGUGAACAGUUGUGUGGCUCCUUGAUGUUGUAGCUCCGGCGUCUCGGUGUAGACCUGCGGUAGGAGAGACAGUCUCUUCUCUCUCUCCUAACUCUUGUGAGAGUUUUUUUGAUCUUCAGCUACAUUUUCAGCUCUGUGAGGAACCUCAUCAUCAAAGGAGAUGGCUAGCAAUGUUACCAACAAGACAGAUCCACGGUCCAUGAAUUCCCGUGUUUUCAUUGGGAAUCUCAAUACUUGGGUGGUCAAGAAGUCUGAUGUGGAGGCCAUAUUUUCAAAGUAUGGCAAGAUUGUGGGUUGCUCUGUGCAUAAGGGCUUUGCCUUUGUCCAGUAUGUUAAUGAAAGAAGUGCCCGAGCUGCUGUAGCUGGAGAGGAUGGCAGAAUGAUCGCUGGCCAGGUUUUAGAUAUUAACCUGGCUGCAGAGCCAAAAGUGAACAGAGGAAAAGCCGGUGUGAAACGAUCUGCAGCCGAGAUGUACGGUUCCUCAUUUUUCUUGGACUAUGACUUUCAACGGGAUUAUUAUGACAGGAUGUACAGUUACCCAGCACAUGUUCCUCCUCCUCCUCUUAUUGCUCGAGCUGUGGUGCCUUCUGAACGCCAGCGUGUGUCAGGGAACACCUCACGAAGGGGCAAAAGUGGAUUCAAUUCGAAGAGUGGACAACGGGGAUCUUCUUCCAAGUCUGGAAAGUUGAAAGGUGAUGACCUUCAGGCCAUUACAAAGGAGCUGACUCAGAUAAAACAAAAAGUGGAUUCUCUGCUGGAAAGCCUGGAAAAAACUGAAAAAGAACAAAGCAAACAAGCAGUAGAGAUGAAGAAUGAAAAGUCCGAAGAAGAGCAGAGCAGUGCCUCUGUGAAGAGAGAGGAGACUGAUGUGAAGCUGGAGUCUGAGGCAGGUGCAGAUGACUCUGCUGAGGAGGGUGACCUGCUGGAUGAUGAUGACAAUGAAGAUCGGGGGGAUGACCAGCUGGAGUUGAAGGAUGAUGAAAAAGAGCCUGAGGAGGGAGAAGAUGACAGAGACAGCGCCAAUGGGGAGGAUGACUCUUAAGUACACAGUGGAGCUUAGACAUCAUCUCCCGUUAUUCAUUUCCCUAGGCGCUUGUGAGAGAGCAAAGUAACACCAGAUCCUCUGCCCUAGAAUCUUCUGCACAUUCUCACUGUUCUCCCUCUUUAUCCUUCCUGUGUUCAUUAAUUCAUAAUUUCCCUGAGCCUAGUUCCAUUUCACUUCCUUUGAUGCUCUGUAGUAGUUUCGUUAAGUCUUACCCUGUAAGUUCUGCUUUAAUUUUGAUACCUCUUUGACUUAACAAUAAAAAGUUGUAUUUUUUUUUUAAAAAAAGACAAGAUUACAAGAUCUCAGAAUAACAGCACACAGACAGACAGGCAGACAGACAGACAACACACACAC